AUGGAAGAUAUAAGCCCAAAUAGAAUUAAGGUUUCUAUCAUUGGCGAUUCUGGUGUCGGAAAAACGUCUUUAGCACAGAAAGAAAUAUAUGGUACGUUUGAUUAUGCAGUAACUCCAACAAUUGGAACUUCUCAUCUAAUUGCUCACGAAAAAGUUGAUAACGUUGACGUUGAAAUGUGCUUAUGGGAUACAGCUGGCCAGGAGAAAUACAAAUCUCUGGUUCCACUUUAUACUCGCGAUUCUGACGUUAUUAUUAUCGUAGCUUCCAUAGCUGACCACCUUUCUGUUCAAAAUGUAUCUAAAUGGGUUGAAAUGAUCUUAGAAAGCAACGGAGAUCCUCAAUUUCUCGUUGCUAUUAACAAAAUGGAUAUGCCGAUUGACAACUCUGAUGCAAUAUUAGAUCCAUUACAAAACGAAUACGACGAUUUAUUCUUAGUUUCAGCGAAAACAGGUGAUGGAGUUCGAGAAUUAUUUUUCAAAGCUGCCAAAAUGGGUUAUACUCGCCAGACUUCCCCACCAAAAGAGAAAGAUAACCAGCAUCAAGUUAUUACAAAGAACAAACAAAAGUCUAAGUCAAAAGAUUCGGAUUGUUGUUAA